AUGAAGGAAAAUAGGAGGAGAAUCGUAUGUGUGUUGCUGGUUUCACUGGCUAUGCUAGCUCAGUUCGGCGCAGCGAAAAAGCGACAAAAGGAAACCACACCUCGUAUUACCAAAAAGUUGCAGCAGCGACGACUCUUCAGCAAAGGCGUCAGCUUUGUGGCACUAGGAGAUCGGGCAGAUGAUCCAGCCGCUAAUGGUGGAUCGAAUAAUGUCGUUGCAACAAACCAAGGAACAAACUUUGUCGUCCUCAAUAACAACGGUGGCCGGGGCUCUGGUGGGAGCCAAAGGAGUGGGUAUCAAGCCGUGAAUGGAAAUGUUGUUGCUGUAUCGGGAGCUGGAGGAAGCAAACGACGAAGUGGUCAACAGUUUGCUGUCAUUGACGGUGUCUCCUAUGUCAUUGACGGUGGGAAGGGCGGCAGCGGUUGUGGCAAAGGAAAAGGGUACGGUGUGAUUGGUUGUUGUGGAAAAGGAAAAGGAUAUGGUUCAGUUGGUUGCGAUCUUCCUGUCAUUGAACAGCCAACACCUGGGAACCCAGUCAUUCCUGUUGCCACCGAUCCUCCCACUGUUGCUCCGGUUCUUCAAGCUGAAACGACGCCUCCGAGUUCGCCAGAACCAAGCGAAUCACCGAGUGAUACUCCAAGCAGCUCGCCAAGUGCCACGCCUAGCUCGUCCCCGAGCAGCACUCCAAGUACUUCGCCAAGUACUUCGCCGAGUAGCAAUCCAUCUGAAUCACCUAGUGAGUCUCCAUCAAGCACACCUAGCGAAUCUCCCUCUAGCGCGCCAUCUUCUUCCCCAAGCUCGGAUCCAAGCGCAGCGCCAUCCAGCAGUCCCAGCACUGAACCAAGUGCCGCUCCAUCAGAUCAGCCUUCCUCUUCUCCCAGUUCACUUCCCAGCGGUAGUCCCAGUGAAAGCCCAAGUGAAAGCCCUAGUAGUGAUCCAAGUGCAUCUCCAAGUAUUUCGCCAAGUGAUGCACCGAGUGAGGAACCCUCAAACAUGCCAGCAGGCGUGCCAUCUGCAACGCCAACAUGCAACACUACCAUUCACAUUCCACCAACACUUAAUGCUGCAACCAAUGACCCCUCAAGUACCCCAUCUUCUGGCCCAAGUUCAUCUCCUAGUGAAACACCAAGUGAAUCUCCAAGUUCUACACCCAGCGAUGCUCCAAGCUCCACACCAAGCACGCUCCCUUCUACCAAGCCCAGUGAGAAUCCAAGUGAAAGUCCUUCUGAAAAUCCAAGUGAUACACCAAGCAGUGCCCCUAGCACACAACCAAGUCCAGAGCCACAGAUUGCUACACUACCACCAUCUCGGAACAACAUUGUGGCAGAUUCUGAAGAACCAAGUGAAUCACCAAGCCUUGCUCCUAGCAGUGAACCAAGUCUUUCACCAAGUAGUGCUCCUAGCAGCACACCCAGCUCUGAACCCAGUGAUACACCAAGUAGUUCGCCAAGCACCAGCCCCAGUGAUACACCAUCAGAAAGUCCAACAGAGGAACCAACUACAGCAAGUCCAACGUGUGACAUGUCAUCCCCUGCACCUACUCUUACCCCAACAAAGAACGCUUCAACAAAGGAACCAACUGAUGCCCCCAGUGAUCCACAAAUUGAUACUCUUCCACCAGCGCCGGGCAGUAAUCUUGCUGGAGAGCAAUCAGCACAGUGUUACUGCCCUGAUAGUUGUGCACGAGAACUAGUAUACCGAUAUACUGGAAGAACCUGUGCAUUAGGACUUGAUGACUGUGCUGAUGUUAGUGAGCUUAUGGAUGAAACCUUUAUUGUUGUGGAAGACAGUGUUGGCAAUACACUUUUUGAAGGCAAGGUUUGGGUUGGUGCUGAGCUUACAAUUGAUAAUGGAGGAGCAUGCAUUCCUUCUUCCUUGAUUGUCUCGGUAAUCUCAGAAGAGCAUUUGGAACAACAACAUUUAGUUGAUGUUGAUCUGGCUCAGACUGUCACUGUAGAUUCCUCAUGCAGUGGGGAUGUAACCUUGCUGGAUGAAUUUGGAGCCCUGACGUUUACUGGUUACCAAUGUGCUAACCAAGUUGCUCGCAAUUGUUCCAUGGGUGUUGUAUACAAUGUAACUACAACCAAUGUUGGCAAUGGUCCACAGGAGAUCACAAGCUUUAAUUUUGAUCUCAAUGGUGAUGCUACUGUCAUUGAUGCUGGGCUGCCAACCUUGGAGCCACAAUCUGGAUUUGCCGUUAUGCAGCCAAAACAGAUUGAUCUUUGCACUAGUGCUGAGUAUGGCGCCUCAUCUCAAGUGGAGGCAACUAUGCCAGGUGCUACUCUGCAGUGCCAAGGUGAUGCAGAGGUAUCGUUUACAAUCAUUGCUCCUACUCCACUCCCCACCAAAAGGCCAAGCAGUUCACCAAGCAGUGCUCCGAGUGGAUCUCCAAGCUCAACUCCAAGUGGGGCUCCUAGUGGGGAACCAAGUCAAACCCCCAGCAGCUCUCCAAGCGCUUCACCUAGUGCACUUCCCAGCAGUGGGCCAUCUUCAUUACCCAGUGUUCAGCCAAGUGCUGUUCCAAGUGCAGUUCCAAGUACCGCUCCCUCUUUGGCCCCUAGUGAGCCAGAGAUAGCAAUACUACCACCAUCAGAUUCUAAUGUCAUUGACACACCCAGUCCAACAGAGAAUCCAACAAGUCCUCCCAUCCUCAAUGCUAAUACAGCAAAACCAAGUGCUAGCCCCAGCAACAGCCCCUCCUCCGGACCAAGCUCAGUGCCUAGCAGCCAGCCAAGCAGCUCCCCUAGUGAAUCUCCCAGUGCCACUCCUAGCUCUAACCCCAGUGGAAGCCCUUCUGCUUUGCCCAGUACUCAACCAAGUAGCUCACCAAGUAAUGUCCCCACCAAUGUCCCUACAAUGGCCCCAUCUGAUCCGCAAGUAGUUACGCUCUCUCCAAUGAGCAACAACAUAGUUGGCAAGCCAUCAAGUGCACCAAGUAGAUUUACAAAGGCCCCUACAUUGAUACCAACAUUGACACCAACAUGUCAUACAGAAAACCCCAGUGACAGCCCUUCUAUCUCUCCAAGCACUGCUCCAAGCUCAGGACCCAGUGAGAGUCCCUCUUCAACCCCUAGUACAUCUCCCAGCAACCAUCCAAGCAUGACUCCCAGCAGCUCACCCAGUGAUGUUCCCAGUGCUGCACCAACCCCACUAGCACCAUGUGAGGUAUCUGUUGAGAUGGACUGUGCAACAACAGAUGGAACAGAAUGCACACAGCUCAAUGGUGAACAGUUUGUUGAAUGUGAUUGUCCUGAUAGUUGUGCAAGAGAGCUGGUGUAUCGCUACACUGGUGCAACCUGUGCAUCUAGCCUGGUUGGAUGCACAGAUACUAACCCAUUGACCACUGAAGCAACCAUUGUCAUUGAAAGCGAGGGUACUACGCUUUUUGAUGCAGUUGUUCGUUUGGGCACAGACAUCACAAUCACAAACGGUGGACAAUGUAUUCCUGACUCAUUGCAGGCCACAGUGAGCCAAAGCUAUGGAAGCCAACCAUCGCAAACAGUGAUUAUCGAUUCUACCUGUGGUGGAGAUGUCACGCUACUUGAUGGCUUUGGUUCCCUAGAGUUUGCCGGAUACACAUGUGCCGACAAUGAUGUGCACAAUUGCUAUGUGGAUGCAGUGUUCACUGUUACAACUACAAAUAUUGGCACUGUUGAGCAAUCUCUUGCAAACUGCACUUUCUCUUUCAAUGGAGAAUCCACUGACUACAAUCUGGCCCUUCCAACAUUGGAACCACAGGGGACAUUUGUUUCUCAAAAACCAGCUCAAAUUGACCUGUGCACUUCCCAGCAACACUAUGCCACAUCUUUUGUAGUGGCUAUGGGGACGCAAAGUGGAGAUGCAUGUGCAGCAAAUACUGGAGUUACAUUUGAGAUCAACACAGGUACACCAUUUCCUAGUCCUAGUCCUAGCAGUUCCCCAAGUGCACAUCCCAGUAACAGCCCAAGCACUACCCCAAGCAGCACUCCCAGCGCUACGCCAAGUUCAUCACCUACUCCCAAACCCACUCUUGUUCUGGUGGUGCAGCCUUCUUUGAACCUAGUUGCGGAGGAACCAUCAGCAUCCCCGAGUUCAGAUCCCAGUACUAGCCCAAGCAGCAUCCCGAGCAGCACUCCCAGUACCACUCCCAGCAGCAUCCCAAGCACUAGCCCAAGCAGUAUCCCGAGCACAACCCCUAGCAGCACUCCCAGUACCACUCCAAGCACUAGGCCCAGUGCAUCCCCAAGCAGCUGGCCAAGCUCAUCGCCGACUCCCAAGCCAUCUCUUGUUCUGGUGGUGCAGCCUUCUUUGAACCUAGUAGCGGAGGAACCAUCAGCAUCCCCAAGUGCAGAUCCCAGUACUAGCCCAAGCAGCAUCCCGAGCACAACCCCUAGCAGCACUCCCAGUACCACUCCCAGCACUAGGCCCAGUGCAUCGCCAAGCAGCUGGCCAAGUCCAUCACCAUCAGCAUCCCCAGUUGCAUCCACUCUUGCACCUGUCAGAACUCUAACAAUACCGCCCACCAGCAUGGCCGCGUGUGGUACUGAUACUGAGACAUGCCCGGAUGGAUCAGUUGUUGGGCGUAACAUAGCUGACAACUGUGAAUUCUUCUCUUGUCCCAAGCCGCAACCUGUGGCGACUCUUGCUCCUAGAGCAACGCCAUCUCCGGUCAACAACGCAGAUUUUCCGCUUGUUAGCACUUUCAGCGGUGACAAUCUAUUCGGUCCAUGUCAAGCUGACAGAGGCGGUCUUUUUGGAUGGGGAAACGAAGACGAAGAAGCAAUUCUAGAGUUCAAGUAUGAACUGGAGACAAGGCCAAAUAUCGAUGUUGACGACAGACUCAUUUUCACCCUACAAAAAGUCAUGAUGGAAAACGUUUUGCCGGCCCUCUUCCCCGACCAGUGCAAAGGGUCCCAUGGAUUGAACAGGGACAGAGCACGACGCCUCCGCAACUUGAUCGUGGUCGGCGUCAGUGCAUUUCCCCAGGAUAGGAUUAUCCCAACGCGCGAAUGCGAAACCCCACUACAGAGCCCCAACAACAGCUGCGUUGUCGUCAGCGGAUUUCUUUCGAUCUACACCGACAAUGGCGGCACACGUGAUGCAACGGAAGACGCAAAAGAAGUUCUCGAGGAGGCCAUAGUUGCUGGCCUGUUCAACUACGGCAGAUUGGGCGUCGUUCGUGUUUCCCUUGUGGAUUUUUAGCUACUGAUGAGUACUGAGUAGCGCAUUUUCGACGGGCCAGAUUCCCUCUCCCCUCCAAACAAUGUUGCCGCUGCUUAUUUGAAGAAGAUAUGAUCCUGAGUGGGUGUGACCAAGACUCAUCUCUUCCCGCGACGAAUCCAAGGUGUACAGUAGACAUUCGCGUGGACCUCAGCAGUAGGAAUAACAAUACAUAGACAAACCCUGC